AUGUUGGAAGCCAUAGACAACAAAAAUCUUACGGCACUAAUUUUAUUAGAUUUAUCCAAGGCAUUUGACAGUGUCAGUCAUUCGAUUUUAUUACACAAAUUGAGUUGUAUCGGUGCUUCACCCGAAGCUGUUAAAUGGUUCCAAGACUAUUUAACAGGCAGAUCCCAAUACGUGCGCAUUGGAUCCACCAAGUCAUCAGCUCGCCCAAUAACCCAUGGCGUUCCACAAGGUGCAAUACUAUCACCACUUCUGUUUUGCAUCUAUAUUAAUGAUCUGCCACGGAGCAUACAAUCGUGUAACCUUGAUUCAUACGUAGACGACUCAAAGCUUUACAAAUCAUUCUGCAUCUACGACUUGGAACAGACAACUAUCAAUUUAGAGGCAGAUCUACAAAUAGCAGCCAAGUGGUGUUUGGAGCACCAAUUACUGAUCAAUCCAGAAAAAACUAAAUUCCUUGUAGUCGGUUCAAGACCCAUGCUGCAGAAUGUACCUACAGAAAUAUCGCUAACAUUUUUAGGAAAGACUAUAAGACCUGUUUUAUUAGCUAAAGAUUUGGGUAUCAAUUUGGAUUCGUACCUAUCCUACGACGACCACAUAUCUAAACUCGUUUCGUCGUGUAUGAGAAAACUAUGUCAAAUAAAUCGCGUGAAGGAUAGUUUCGAUAAUGAAACAUUAAAAUUGGUCAUUGAGACACUUGUAAUUAACAAGCUUCUGUACUGCUCUACGGUGUGGUCCAACACGUCAUCUAACAAUAUCAAUAAACUUCAAUCAGUGCAGAACUUCGCGUGCAGAGUUAUAUCAGGGUAG